ACAAACCGCAAAACAAAUACCAGGUGAAGAUUACCCAGAAGAAACAAGCAAAAGAAGCCAUCAUCAUGUAUUUCCAACCUCCUCCAGGUUACCAGCCCAUCUACAACCCUAUUGCCCCAUAUACGGGACCCAUCUACGGUGGUUUGAAGCUGGGGAUGUCUCUGUGCAUCCAGGGAACAGUUCUCAAUGGUGCCACUGGGUUCGCCAUCAACCUGCAGACUGGGCUAGUAGGAGUCCCUGACAUUGCUUUGCACUUCAACCCCCGAUUCACGCCCAGUGAAACUGUGAUGAACAUCAAAAAGGGUGGCAAUUGGCAAACUCCCGAGACACCUUCUGGGACGCCCUUCCGUGAGGGGGAGAGCUUUCAGCUGCUCUUUAUCGUCAUCUCAGAGGGCUACCAGAUCAAAGUUAACGGUAGUGACUAUUACCUGUUCAAGCACCGUAUGCCUGUGGAGCGAGUGAGUGCCCUCUCCAUUACUGCAGAUGUCUCUGUGCACGUGAUCAACAUCAUCGGGGGAGGGAUUGGACACAUCCUGGGAUAUCCAGGUCUAGGACAGGCGGUGAGCAUCCCUUACGCGGUGCCCAUCUACGGUGGUUUGAGGACGGGGAUGUCUGUCCACAUUCAGGGAGCGAUUCCCUGUGACGUCACCAGGUUCCACGUCAGCCUGCAGUCUGCGGAGGCAAAAUGCAGUGACAAGGCCUUAUACAUCAACCCCCGGUUCAACCCAAAGGAGUUUGUGGUUUUCAACACCUUUAAGAAUAGGAAAUUCCAGGAGCAGGAGAGGGUCACUGAUAUGCCCUUCAUUCUGGGGGAGAGCUUUGAGCUGGUCAUCAUUGUCACCGGGCAGGGCUACCAGGUGAACGUAAACAGUCGUAAGUUCUACAUGUUCAAGCAUCGCAUGCCGUCAACGAGAGUGCUGGCCCUGGGGAUCGGUGGGGACGUGUUUGUGGAGUCCGUCAACAUCAUGGGGGGAGGACCCGGAGCUAUACAGGCAUGGCCAGGUCCAGGAUACAUCGGGGCUGGCUCAUAUACGCAGCCCAUCCCUGGUGGUUUGAAGGCGGGAAUGUCUCUGUACGUGCGGGGAACCAUUCCCUCUGAAGACAUCAACAGUUUUCACAUAAACCUGGAGGGUGGGGGUGAUCUUGCCGUUCACUUCAACCCCCGAUUCAGCGGCUGGAGAGGUGUGGUGUUCAACACCUGCGACAAUGGCCAAUGGCAAGCGGAGGAGAAGGUCAAUGCGAUGUCCUUCCGUAAGGGGGAGAGCUUUGAGCUGGUCUUCAAUGUCACCUCAGAGGGCUACCAGGUGAACGUUGAUGGUCGUGAGCUCCACAUGUACAAGCACCGCGUACCACUGGAGCAGGUGACUGACCUGGUCAUUGGUGGGGAUGUCCUUGUGCAGACCAUCAACAUCAUCAGGGGUGAACGGAUCUAUCCCGGUCCAGGAGAUGUGAGCAGCACCCCACUUUCCCAGGCCAUCGAUGGCGGUUUGAAGCCGGGAACAUCUCUGAACUUCCAAGGAACGGUUCACAGUAACAUCAACAGGUUCCACAUAAACCUGGAGGCGGGCAAAGAUGUAGCCAUGCACUUCAAAGUCAAUUUCCAACAAGCUGAGAUGGUGAUAUUCAACAAUCUUGAGAAGGGCACUUGGGGUACGGAGGAGAGGGUCACUGAGAUGCCCUUCCGGAAGGGAGAGGACUUUCUGCUGUUCUUCAGUGUCACCUCAGAAGGCUACCAGGUGAUCGUUAACGGUUGUAAGUUCUGCACUUUCAAGCACCGCGUGCCGGUGGACCGUGUGACCUCCCUGUCGGUCGGUGGGAACGUCUCUGUGCAAUCCAUCACCAUCAAUAGGGAUCAAGAGGUCAUACCAGGGUAUCCACGUCCAGAAUCUGAACAAGGACUCAUACAGGAGUACCCAGGUCCAGGAGAUGUGAGCACCACCCCAUUUCCCAAGGCUAUCGAUGGAGGUUUGAAGCCAGGAAUGUCUCUGUAUUUCGAAGGAAUGGUACACAGUGAGGUCAACGGGUUCCACAUAAACCUGGAGGCGGGGAGUGAUAUAGCCAUGCACUUCAGAGUGUAUUUCCAACAACCUGAGCUGGUGGUAUUCAACAACCUUGAGAAGGGCAACUGGGGUAAGGAGGAGAGGGUCACUGAGAUGCCCUUCCGGAAGGGAGAGAACUUUCAGCUGCUCUUCAAUGUCACCUCAGACGGCUAUCAGGUGAUUGUUAACAGUUGUGCGUUCUACGUGUAUAAGCACCGCAUACCGGUAGAUCGUGUGAUCUCCCUGUUGAUUAGUGGGAAAGUCUCCGUGAAGACCAUCAGCAUUAUCAAGGCACAAAGAAUCAUACAGGAGUACCCAGGUCCAGGAGACGUGAAGAGCACCCCAUUUUCCAAGGCCAUCGAUGGUGGUUUGAAGCCGGGAACGUCUCUUUACUUCCAAGGAAAGGUUCACAGUGAGAUCAACAGGUUCCACAUAAACCUGGAGGCUGGGAGUGAUAUUGCCAUGCACUUCAAAGUCAAUUUCAUAUAUACUGAGCUUUUGGCAUUCAACACCCUCCUGAAUCGUGGAUGGCAAAUCGAGGAGAAGCUCGACCAGAUGCCCUUUCGUAAGGGCCAGGACUUUGACCUACUCAUCAGUGCCACCUUAAAGGGCUACCAGGUGAUCGUUAACGGUUGUAUGAUCCACAUGUACAAGCACCGCAUACCGCUGGAUCGUGUGACCUCCCUGUUAGUCGGUGGAGAUGUCUCCGUGAAGUCCAUCGCCAUCAUUAAGGGCAGUACAGGCGAUGAGGUAGGAGGAGGAUCAUGGUACAAUUGGAGAUUCCUGCCGAUGAUGGGUAAACAACCAAUCUACAAACCACCCAUUCCCUACACCAGGAUGAUCCCAGGAGGAUUGACUCCAAAUAAGACCAUUGCUUUCAGUGGCAGAGUGCUACCUGAUGCCGACAGGAUUGUUUUUAACUUCAAAGUGAGCAGCAGUGGGGACAUCGUCUUGCAUUUUAACCCGCGGCUGAACGAGGGGUCAGUGGUGCGGAACAGCUACCUGCGUGGGACAUGGGGGGCCGAGGAGAGAGAUGUCAAGUUCAACCCCUUCCGGCAGGGGCGGUACUUUGAGAUCUUGAUUCGCUGUGAGACGCAGAAGCUUAUGUUUUUUGGAAACGGGAAGCACAUGUUCGACUUUUACCACCGGUUCCAGCCAUUCACUAAGAUUGACGCCCUGCACAUCAGUGGGGGCGUGCAGCUGUCCCACAUACUUAUGUGAGGCUUGCUGUUCUGAUGUCACUGCUCUGAUCUCACUGUUAUGAUGCCACUGCUCUGAUGCCCUGACCUGAUGUCACUGCUCUGAUGUCGCUGUUCUGAUACUCUGCUCUGAUGUCACUGCUGUGAUCCCCUGCUUUGAAGCCCCCUCACAUCCCAGCUUUUAGUGCUACACGCCCACUCCAGAGUCUUCAGCUCCCAUUCUCAUUUCUCUGCCUUCCUCUCUUUAAGGCUGUUUGUUUACUGGUGUUAGGAGCUGCGUUUCACAAAGUCAGUUAAUAAACACUAUCACGCAUUCUAAA